AUGUCACGGAAUAUUCACAACCUUGUUAUUGAGUGCAGAAUGAUCCUUGACUCACUUUCCGGGCGUUUCAAGUCAACAUAUGGCAACAAGUUCAGGAAAAUGACCCAUGAAGACAAAAGCAGUAGCUCGAAACUGGGCACUGCUGAGAUUGAAAGGAGCUUCAAUGCCUGGAUCGACAACACUGGCGCUCUCGCGGACGAUCCCAGCAGAUCCCUCGAUACGCGCCUGCACGCUCACCGCGAUAUCAAGGAGAUGGUCGUGGAUUUGCUUCAAAUGCUCGUCAGGAAUCUUGUAUAUCUUGACAACCCCGAUAGUGUCAAGCCAAAUGGCCCGAGCGAGGAUGGUUUGGAAGACGAAGCCAGGGAUGCGAUCCAGAUGGCUGUCGGCGAACUUCACUUCAUGGCAACUGUCAUCCGCAGGUCUUCGUUACGCAGUCACGAGGACAGCCUCUCGCCUCAUUUCCACCGGGAUGAUGACAGUUAUUUCUCGGAGCAGGCCUGUCUACUAUAA